AUGAAGCCAGGAAAUGUUCUGGCUCAUUUUGGCUUGGGUAGCGAGUUCGUUGGUGCCGGCUACACAAGCGAUAUGCCUUCCCUCAAGCACAGUAUGCUCGCUAGGGGAUGUCUCAAUUCGACGAGAAUGGUGAGAGGUCCCACCACAACGGGAGAACUGACGCCUACUGAACGAAAGAGCUACACUGACGCAGUACUGUGUCUGGCUCGAAAACCACCUCGCCUCUCGACUGCACUUUAUCCAGGUGUUCGCAGUCGAUUCGACGACUUUGUUGCGACUCACAUCAACUAUACUCUCCAUGUGCAUUAUAGCGGCUUGUUCUUACCAUGGCAUCGUCGAUUCACCUGGCUCUGGGAGCAGGCAUUAAGAGAGGAAUGUAGCUACACAGGCUAUCUACCAUACUGGAAUUGGCCGCUCUGGGCCCACGAUCUCAAACACAGCCCCCUGUUCGACUGCAGUGAAACUUCACUUUCCGGCGAUGGUGAAUACAACCCCGGAGAACAGUCCAUUUCGGGCGGCAGUGUUACACUUCCUCGAGGCUCUGGGGGAGGAUGUGUUCGAUGCGGCCCCUUCAAGGAUUUCCAGAUUCAUUUAGGACCCUUCUCUCGCGAGCUGACAUCGUUCACCGAUAUACCUUCCCCGAGGUUUGAGUACCAUCCGCACUGUCUAAACCGCAGCCUCAACAAUUUCGUCAGCUCAAACUAUGACAAUGAGACUGUUGUAUCGCGUCUUCUUUCGUCCUCGGAUAUUUCUGACUUUCAGCUGGUGCUGGAUCACUGGCCAGCCCGACCUGAUGGAGUCUUAGGACCCCACGGAGGAGGCCACUUCAGCCUUGGAUCCACCAUGCAAGAUCUGUUUGCCUCGCCACAGGAUCCAGCAUUCAUGUUGCAUCACGGUAUGAUUGAUCGCCUCUGGGCAAUGUGGCAGAGCAAGGACGAGCGACAUCGCCGAUAUGCACUCAACGGCACCGCAACCAUUCUGAACCCGCCGUGGGGAAAGCCCGUCGCUCUCGAUACGGUGAUGGAGUUUGGUGUUCUUGAUCAGCCUUGUCAAAUCAAGGAAGUGAUGGACCCAAUGGGACAUGGGCUGUGCUACAAAUACACCUAA